AUGGGCUACCUUGAGCGCUGCCAUCACGUCGAAUCGCAGGAUGAGGAGGACUCGAGAUACCGCUCCUGGGCGUCCAUGGUGAUUUGGUGCGCGGUUGGCUACCUCUGCUUGAUCGCAAUCUUCGUCGGAGUCUGCUUCUCUCGACCCUCGCUUCUGGAACUGGGACUCCUGUUCCGCGGGACUGCCCUACCCCCGUUCUUUGCGUUCUCGCGGGUCUCGGGACAGUUCCAAAAACCCAGGGACGUGGAUAUCAUUGCUCUAGUCCCCUUUCAUGACCAUGAGCGUACGGAUAUAUUGGAAUGCUACUUGCAGAGAAACAUGGCCUACCACCAUGGAUUGCUUGAUCAAGUAAUCUUCGUCCCUCAGACCAACUUCCCCGACAGCCUAGAAUGGCUUAAAUCACUAGUCGACGAAACACCCUUGUACUCUAUUUGGAAACCCGGCGAUAGUUUAGUGUCAACGCACCAGGGCAAAGAAGUACUGUAUAUCUGGAUCGAUGGGGACAUGGUGUUUUUGGAAGACCAUACCAUCCCUACGGUUGUCAAAACCACACUGGACCACCCGGACUCAACCGUGGUCUCGGCGAAUGUCAUCAACGCGGCAGCUCUACAAGCGCUUCAUAGUCACUCCGGUGUCGCUCUGCCCUAUCUUCCGGAACUGGUGGCUUCGGCAACGUCCCUGUCCCAAGAUUGGCGUGUUUUGAGACUCCCCCAAUGGGAUGGCCCCGCAAACUUCAGUGUCUUGAAAGACUUCCUUCCGCCCUCUGAUAGCCACCGCUGGCUUCUUUCAAGUGAUGACAAUGCGGACCGGACGCCUAUCAGCACCUCCGUGUACACAGACCACGGACCCGGGUUGGAUCACUGGAGUGUUCAUGCUCAACAGCAUUAUUCCUUCCUACAUCACCUUGAAGCAGGCGACCUGUAUCGUUACAAAUUUCCCAUGUGGAAGAAUCCUAGCGAGGCCGUCAGUCAGAGCUUUAUAUGUUUCCGGGCGCAGGAAAAGAACCUCCUUCAGGAACAGGAGCGCGCCAAUAUUCGACUGUUGCAGGUCGCAGGGGAGAUCCGUGACACAAACCAAUUGAUAAUCGAUGGGAAAGGCCUGGCAGUCCAUUACACCAUGGACACUAACUCUAAAGGGCUUGAAGCCACCGAUAUUCUCCACCGCUACCGCGCAUACGCUAGGGAGAAAGUUUGCUUGGACACUGCUUGA